AGCCCUCACAGCCUGAGUUUGGCCAGCAUGGUGGAGUUUGCGCCUCUGUUGGUGCCUUGGGAGCGCAGGCUGCAGACUCUUGCAGUCCUACAGUGGAUCUUCUCCUUUUUGGUCCUGGGCCUGAUCUGCAUCGGGGUCUUCGUGGGCCUCCUGUUCACUAGGUUCUGGCUCUUGACUGUACUGUACGCCUUCUGGUGGUCCCUGGACCGAGACAAGCCACGGCAGGGGGGCAGGCGUGUAGAGUUCUUCAGGCGCUGGGUCAUAUGGAAGUACAUGAAGGACUAUUUCCCGGUCUCGCUGAUCAAGACUGCUGAGCUGGACCCCUCCCGGAACUACAUUGCUGGCUUCCACCCCCAUGGAGUCUUGGCGGUUGGAGCCUUCCUCAACCUGUGCACUGAGAGCACAGGCUUCUCCUUGCUCUUCCCUGGCAUCUGCCCGCAUCUGAUGACGCUGAACUUGUGUUUCCGUAUGCCCUUCUUCCGAGAUUACAUCAUGACUGCGGGGUUGGUCUCCGCAGACAAGGAGAGUGCCACUCACAUUCUGACCAGGAAGGGCAAUGGGAACCUGCUGGGCAUCAUCAUUGGGGGAGCUAGGGAGAUACUGGAUGCCAGGCCUGGAUCCUAUAGGCUGGUACUGCGGAAACGCAAGGGCUUCAUCAAGCUUGCCCUGACCCAUGGGGCAGCCCUGGUGCCAAUCUUCUCCUUCGGGGAGAAUGACCUAUUUCACCAGGUUCAGAACUUUCCUGGCUCCUGGUUGCGCCGUGUCCAGAAUCAACUGCAGAACACUGUGGGCUUCAGCUUCCCACUUUUCUUUGGCCGUGGUAUCUUCCAGUCAAGCUUUGGUUUGAUGCCCUACAGUCAUCCUAUCACCACCAUAGUGGGGAAGCCCAUCGAGGUACAGAAGACCCUGCAGCCUACAGAAGAGGAGGUGAACCGGUUACACCAGCACUACAUGGAGGAGCUGUGCAACCUUUUUGAGGCCCAUAAACUCAAGUUCAACAUUCCUGCUGACCAACACUUGGAGUUCUGCUGAGUGCUUCCAGCCAGAGAAAAGGUUACCACAAAGGUCAGGACCAGUUCUUCAGGCCCAGGAGAUGGAGCCCAAACUUGUGCCAAUGUAACCACUACUGUCGACAUGGAUGAGAACUCCAGACUUUGCCAGCUUGGUUUUCACUCUUGCAUCAAAGCAGACUGCAAGUUUCCCCCAGUGAAAUGUCAAAGGACUGAAAAGGGAUGUCUUGUGAGACCUCUCUCUUCUGUUGUCAUGUCACUCCAAGAGUAUAAAAAGCAUAAAAGCAGAAAAAGAGAGCAAUGACAUUUUUCUUGUUUUACCCCCGAGUGAUAACAUAAAGGAAACCACCAACCAGUCCCCUUGAUGCUCCCUCAUCCAGCACCCUGAAUGUCCCUUCCUCCUCAAAUUGGAAAGUGAGGGAGUAGCCAGUAAUUCUUGCACUACCCUGUUCACCUUCGUGUUUCUGGGUCCUCUGAGCUCUGAAGGGGAUGUGACUCUGGUCAGACUUCAUUCUCCCCCACCUCAUUUUACCAAGGUUACUGAGAUGAAGUCAGAGUCUCAGUUCUGACAUCACAUAAGCAUGAGGGGACGUAUUACUCAUUUUUGGUGACUUCAGCACCAGGUCUAGGCACAACUGGAAGGCUCUGUAAAUGCUAGUUCAAUGAAUGAAAGGAUUCAGGUUUAAUUCCCUUCUUUCUUACACACCUCGCAAGGUGACUGGCAGAAAUAUGAGCUCUGACCUCUAGCCUGGCACUAUGAUCAUGAGUCAUCUUCCCCAGGGAUGGAUCAGACUCACCUGAAGAGAUCAUAUUGAUAUGUUCCUUCUUGAUGCAUCACCCCAAGAUUUAGGCCAGCACAGAGAAAGAGAAACAAGUGUGAGAUGUGUAUGAGGAGCAUGACACUCUGAUAAGAAGAGUUCUGGAUUGCUGAGUCAGGAACAUGUGUGCGUCGUGAAGGAGGAGGCUGGCUGCUUACCGUACCCUCCUUUUGUCUUGAUCACUUAUUUCAUUGCUGGGACAAAAUACCUGAUACCCACAACUUCAAGGAAGAAAAGUUUAUUUUGGCUCAGAGUUUGCAAAGGUUUCAGUCUAUAGUUAGCAGGCUCCAAAGCAAGACAGAGGCAUGACUCAGUGGACAGGAAGCAAAAUGAGUCGAUGGAAGAGCCAGGACAUAAAUUCUAGCUGUGCUCCCAGUGACCCACCUGUAACAUGCAGACCCCACCUGAUAAGAGCCAAUCAGCUAUAACACCUAUAAUCCAACUACCUUGCAAAAGCUUCACCUAUGAAUUCAUGAGGCUCUUGGAGGACUUCUCCAGGUUAGAAACCAUUAAUACUCCUUAGUUUUGUACAGGUUGUGCCUACAACAUGGGAGAGGAGCAUUUGGAGAAGUAUUGAUUUGGGUUCAGAUGUUGCCUUCACUUAUUUUCAGUGACCCUAAGCAAGUCAUAUUGCCUUUACCUCAUAAGUAUUAUAGCGAUCCUUCAAAGUAUAGUGAGCUGGUCUGGAGUCACUCCAUGUACUUCAUGGAAUGCUACACAGAGUAUGUAAAUUAGGAGUUGGGUGACAUGGAUGCCCAAUGUCUCCUGGAGGUACCUGUUGUUGUGCCACUGGUCAAUGCAUUAUAAGGGUCCCGGGAGGAGCAGGAAGAAAGAACAGCAGAGUUCUGAGAAGGAAGCAAUGACUUUCUGUCCAAGAGAAGUUUAGAGGAAGUGGCCAUGGGCAGAUCUUUGAAAGAAGGUCAAAGGUAGCAAACAAAAUGAGUAGUGCCCCACAGUAGUUAUCUACUGCUAUGUCGUCACCUCUUUUUCUAAAAUAAAUUUUAUUUAAAGAAAGACAAAACAGAAAAUGGGCAGAAAUAUUACAUAUUUUCAAAGAAAAUAAAAAAUAGUAAUAAAUCACUAGAUGAUGUAUACAUAUUGUCCCCCCACAAAUAAUUGUUCAAGAUAAAAAGUGGAACAUAGAAAUGGCAAUUCAACCAGGAAGACUGCAAAAAGUUCUGUUCAACUAUCCAACAAAAACUAAGUAAUAUGGCUAUCAAUCCUAUACACUUAGAGUUGUACGCAUUUAUCCAUAUCUUCAUUUAUGUUGAGACCAAACAAAACAUAGCAGAUUAAAAUCAUUCUGCACAAAGAUUAAGAGUAUUGCUGGAUUUCACAUCAUGACACUCCGGAAUCAGCACUGGGUACUGCAGUGCCCCUUUGUUUCCUUCGAAGUAUUUGUUCAUUUCAUCAUGUGUCAUAAGAUCAGUUCUCAUAAACUGUUUAUAGGUUUUACGCAUGCAUGAGUCUUAACAUGUAUUUCUAUCCUUUCUAUAUUAGAGGGAGAAACAGAACAAAGCAGGACAGAACUAAACAUAUUCCUAUAGACACAUAAAACUAAAAAGACAUAUAAAACUGCUAUAUAAGAAGUUCUACCAUGGUCUGUGCUGUCUCUUGUUAUCAUCAACAGAAUUCGCUAUAUCAUCAGAUAAAGUAUAAUUGAAUAUAUCAGUACAUAACAGGAUUAAUAGAAAUACAACUUUGUAGAUAGUGUAGAGCUACAAAAACAGGUAAUAAUCAAAGCAGAAUGGGUAUUGUAGUGAAUCGUUGUCAUUUUCAGUAUAAUUGUCUAUACUCUCUAACUUGAUACCAUCAACUAACAGUUUUGAAUAAAAUGUGUCAAUAAUAAGCAGCAAUCAAACAAAUCAGAUUUAACUAAGAUCAGUCAUGAUACAACAGUAUAAGUCAUACAAGGAUUCAGAUUAAGUUAAUAGGAAGAUGAUCACUGUGCUAUAUCCUUAUAUCUUCAAGACAGCUCUCUGUGCCUCCAGACCCAGUGCUUUUAUACAAACUGGGAUGGAACAAGUUCCAUCCAAGCAGAGUGGUGCAAGUAAUAAGAGUUUUAAUUUCUGAUACACUAUUAGCAAUAUCUUCUGCUAUUUUUAAAAGACUAUUCCUCCCUUUCACUCCAUAGGAUGUACUGUGUAUUUUUGGGUCUCCCCAACACUCUCAGUUUUUUAUUGGGGGGGGGCAACCUGUUAUUUACCUAAGUGUUUCCAAACAUUCUCACUCCUAGACUUGAUUUCUAGUUGUAUUUCUUUACUUAUUAAAGCCUAUCUUUUCAACCUAUUCAUAAAUACUGGUCCAGUUACCCUGAUUACUCUCUAGUUCCCUGUCACACUGAGUUCUGUUUUCUCAUAUUUGAUUUUGGUCCAUAGACCCUUCUUCAGAUUAAUUAUAUUUCCUAUAAAGAGCAUCUCGGUGGACCCUACCUCUUGAUCCACUCUGCCUGUGAUUCUCUCUUUCUUCCCUUAACUUAGUGUAUCUAGGCCAUCUAUAUUAGAAAUUAUAUCCAACUUUCUCUGCCUCAUUUUUGUUAUGCUCUUGUUCUGUCAUUAAUUGUCUGUCUUCUUCAUUUCACUUUUUGCUCCAUUCAUUGGGGCCUCUCUGCAACUAUUCCUGAAAUCCUGGUGCUUUUCUCUCUCUUUAGAAUGUUCUGUAGUAUUCUCUGUAGAGUUGGAUUGGUGGUUGCAAAUUCCCCCAGUUUCUCUUUAUCUUGAAAGCAUCUUUUUCUCCAUUAAUUUCUAGGGACAGUUGUACAGGAUACAUCAAUCUGGGCUGGAGGUUAUUUUCUUUCAAGGCUUGGAUUACUUCACCACACUGUUAUUGAUUUGAUGGUUUGUGCGGAGAAGUCUGCCAUAAUUCUGAUGGAUUUUCCUUGUCAGUGAUCUGUUUCUUGUCUCUGACAGCUUUUAAUAUUCUGUUCUUAUAUUGGAUUUCUGGGGUCUUGAUUAUUACAUGCCUGGGUGUAGUUCUGUUUUGGUUGUAGGUGGCUGGAAUUCUGUAUGCCUCAUACAUCUGAGUACCUUUUCCUUUUCCUAUGUUUGGGAAGUUUUUCUUAAUUAUUUCUGUGAAUAGCCUUUUUUUUCUUUUUUUUAAAAUUUUAUUCAAGGAGAAAAGAAAAAAAAAGCAGAGAAAGGGUACAAGUUAUACAGAUUUACAGAAAAAAAAUGAACAGUAGGAAAUCACUAGUUAAUGGAUUACAUAUUGUCAUCUUAGAAAUAAUUGUUCAAGUCACAGAAUUAAAGCUUGUAAAGUGGACAUUCCAACAAUGAUACUGCAAACAGUUCUGUUCAAUGAUCCAAUAAAACUCUGUGAUAUCAUUUUCUAUCUUAUACACUUAAAUAUACAUGCAGUUAUAUAGUUUAGAGCACUUUCUUUUCCUCUCUUUUGUACAAUGACUAUUACACAUUUUGGGUUUCAUUGCUCCCACAGUUCUUAUUACUUUUUUGGAAGAGAGUAAAACCAAAUGUGACAUAACAGAACAGAAUCGGUCAAGUCAAAAGGGUGGACAUAAUAGAUAAUGUAAAAACAUAAUACAAGGUGAUCAACAAUGGUUACCAUAAUGCCUCCCGCUAUCUCUAAUAGAAUUGCCUAUAUCAUUAGUUAUAAUAAAAUUGAACAAAACAGUAAAGAACAAAACCGACAAAACCAAAACAUUGGAGACAUUGUAGGUCUUCAAAAGUAGAUAAAAGUCAACGAGAAUGGGCGUUAUAAUAAAU